AUGAUUGCGAGUCCGACAUUUCUGGAGCUUUAUCUCCACUAUGGAGCGACAGAAAUGGUCAUCCCCUACAAUUACUUACUGGCUGCCAAGUGCGCGCAGGGACUAGAAGCGUACAGGUUAUGGACAAGGCGGUGUCAGGGCUUCCUCUCGAUUAAUCCUGAGUCCGCAGAAAUUUGCGGGAAGGGCUGUCCCGACUUCUAUCCAACUCACACCCUUUAUCCGUCCUAUCAUUUGCACCGAUCACGGCUAUAUCUGAUUUCGUUCAUGCUUAAGAUGGAAGCGAAGUUGGGCGUCCAGUGCUAUGUAUACUACAUCAUUGAUCUUCACGGGCUCAGCUUCGACCCUACCCUUGUGGGAACUCUUACUGGUCCUUAUCGUGUCUCGUGGCAGUUAGUUAACCAACAUUACCGAGAGUUUGUUGAGCGAUAUAUCUUCAUUCAUACUCCCAGCUACCUUAGCGUAAUUGGGAAAGCUAUUGCACGACUCGUACCAGAAAAAGUGAGAAGAAGAAUAAUGGUGAUCGGGAAGGAGUGGCCAGAAAAGAUGCUGGAGAUCGGCGAUCGCGACUACUUUCCCAAACGAUAUGGUGGAGAAAUUCCGGACGAAAAAGUCUUAAGAGAUCCGAAACCAGUGCCCAAGAAUCUAUACUGGCGGCCGAGACCGGAUUACCCCAGCGUAUCCACGAUGUAUCACUUCUCGAUUCCAGCAGGAAAAUCGAGGACGCUGAGUUACUACGCUAUGGCUGGAAGUUACCUAUUUUUCUAUUCUCAAAAU